AAAUGUUUCCAUUGAAAUCAUCAAACAAACCUAAUGGAUUUUCUCUCUGUUUUCCUGCUCCUCCUUCUUGUUUUCCUUUUCCUGCAACAAUUCAUUACCCGCCGGCGAAAUCUCCCACCGAGCCCACCGUCUGUUCCGAUCAUCGGCCAUCUCCACCUCCUUCAACGACCAAUCCACCAGAACUUCCACAACAUCGCCGCCAAAUACGGACCCAUUUUCACUCUCCGAUUCGGAUCUCGCCUUGCCCUCAUAGUCUCUUCACUCCAACUAGCCGAAGAAUGCUUCACCAAAAACGAUGUCGUUUUCGCCAACCGUCCUCGUUUGCUCAUCGGCAAAUACCUCGGCUACAACUUCACCACCAUCUCCACCACACCUUACGGCGACCUCUGGCGAAACCUUCGUCGGCUCACCUCUAUGGAAGUCUUUUCCACGGCGCGUCUCAACGCAGCUCUCAGCAUCCGUAAGGAUGAAAUCCGGCGAUUGUUGGUCAAACUCCAUUCCGAAUCGUUUGCUAAAGUGGAGUUGAAAUCGAUGUUUUCAGAAUUGAGUUUCAACGUUGUGAUGAGGGUUGUGACCGGAAAACGGUACUUCGGAGAGGAGGUUUCCAAUGAAACAGAGGCGAGGGAGUUCAGAGAGCUUAUGGAUGAAAUAUCGCGUCAUGGAGGAGCGUCGAAUUGGAUCAAUUUCAUGCCGAUUUUGAAAUGGAUUGGGUUUGGUGAAUAUGAGAAGAGUUUGGCCAAAUUAACGAAAAGGGCCGAUAAAUUUAUGCAGAAAUUGGUUGAAUAUCGCCGGAAUCAGACAGGAUUUGAAAUAGAAAAACAGAGUACUCUGCUUGAUCGGCUUCUGGAACUUCAGGCAUCUGAGCCGGAAUAUUACUCCGAUGAGAUCAUCAAAGGGGUCGUUCUGGUUUUGUUGCGUGCCGGAGUUGACUCAACCUCUGUGACCAUGGAAUGGGCAAUGACUCAAUUACUCAACAAUCCGGAGGUGAUAUCCAAAGCCAAAGCCGAGAUCGAUACCAAGAUCGGUCGAGAUCGACUCGUUGAUGAAUCAGAUCUCGCCAACCUCCACUACCUUCAAGCCAUUAUUUAUGAGACCUUCCGAUUGCACCCUGCAGCGCCGAUGCUCCUCACACACUAUUCCUCCGAUGACUGCACCGUCGCAGGCUACGACAUUCCUCGUGGGACGAUGUUGAUGGUCAAUGCUUGGGCAAUUCAUAGAGACCCCAAGCUGUGGGAUGACCCCAUGAGCUUCCGACCUGAGAGAUUCUUAGGGGCAGGGAAUGAGUUGCUGUCGAACAAGUUAGUUCCUUUUGGGAUGGGAAGGAGGGCUUGUCCUGGGGAAACUAUGGCGCAAAGGUUAAUAGGAUUGAGUUUGGGGCUAUUGAUUCAGUGUUAUGAGUGGAAGAAUGUUGGAUAUCAAAAGGUAGACAUGACUGAAGGUGGAGGUAUCACCAUUCAAAAAGUUCAGCCUCUGGAAACCAUGUGUAGAGCUCUCCCAAUUAUGGAUAAAGUUCUAUCAAAUGGUUUGGACUAAAUUUCACCAAGGUUUGCUUACCGCCUUCUUCUAGAUGUAUGUUACCUAUCACAGUCAUA